CGGCACUGCGAGGUGAAGGCAGCGGAUCUCAACGCCAGCGGCGUGAACACGGCCGCUGACGCGACGGAUAACACGACGGAGGAGUCGGGAAACGGCUCGCGAGCAUAAGGGCCCUGGCCUUACUGCUCGCAGGCACAGGACCGGGUAAGACGGCGAGGAAGCCGUUGGUGGAACGGCAAGGACGGCGGCGAGAUGGCGGUCGAGACGAAGGCCGUGGUCGAGGACGCGGACGACCCCGAAGACAGCGAGGACGUCGAGGACAACGAGGGCGCUUCGAGUCUGGUGAUGUCGCGGCGGAGAAUGGCGCGCCGGAGCGCGGCGGAGAGACCGACGGUACGAGCGGAACUGGGGAUGGCGCGAGAAGCGCUGGACUCAGCGAAGAACGGAAUAAGCGGCUUACGACCGGGGAUGACGCCGAACGGCAAGUGGCGGUGGCCUCCCAGCCCAACGCCAAGGACAGCAAUAGCGGAGCGUCGACGAAAAAGCGCGUGCAGUUCGCGGACAACGCGGACGGCGUCGACGAGAAGCCGUCGGCGAAGGACGCGAUGAGCACCAGGGAGGCGACAGGCAGCUGCGCCGCGGUGGCGGACCACGGCGGUGGGGCUGGGAACGCGAUGGUGGUCCAGCGCGCGGAAGGGAAGCGCGUGGUGAUCGACUACGGCAAGUUGAGGACGACGGACGGCGGUCGGAUCGACGGCAGGCCGGACGAGGAAGAACUACGGAGGAAGGUGGACGCGCAGCUGGCAGCAGCGCUGGCGGCGACCGAGCAGUCAGUAGAUCGGUCGACGCGGGCGGCUAUGAGUACGAAGGGCUCGAAGGACCACGCGGACGAGAUGAGUGCGGGAGGCACGAGCAGGGGAGACACCAGCAGCGCGACGGACGACACGCUGAAGGCGGAGCUGCGCGUGCGUGACAAGGAACAAGGGCUAGUAUUGCUGGUGAAGGCCCGGCAGCAAGCGCGUGACGAGGCGACGAAGCAGGAGAUGGAGCGGCAGCUCCACAAGCGACGAAAGCGGCUCGAUCACACCAAGGCGCGUCGAGAGCGGCGUGCUGAGCGUGAACGGAUGGCGGCUGGUGCAGACAGAGCUACUGGGGUUCAUGCUGGUGAAGAAGCCGAUGGUGACAAGGGAGGCGCUGCGCGACGAAGUGGUGAAGGGCAAGACGAGCACGUGCGCGUCGGAGAAGCUGUCGGUGGUGACGAAGACGCAGAGGGUCGCGACGACCAAGGUGCGGCGGCGGAUAUGCUGCGCGGACGAGGACGAGCACAAUGGCAGCCGCCAAUGCCGGAGCUCCUGCAAGUGGAGACCGCUGGCUACAUUGUUGAACGAGCACGCCGGCGAGUGCGCAACCGCGCAGGACGCUACGUGCGUGAGCACCAAGUGGAGUACAGCACUGGGCCAGGACGACCAGCGGGACGGCGAUGGCUCACGGAAGCAGAGUUCGAGCAGCUCGAAGAUGCUGCCAAGGUCGAGGACGACCUUGGAGCCGGGGAUGGCGUGUAGUUGGAUGGCCUGUCACGUGACGAAGGGCCACGAACAGGCAGCGCC